CCUCCUCCCCCCGCCUCCCUCUGCAGCAGCAGCGGGAACAAUAAGCGGAGAGAGUCGCUCUGUCUGUCCUCCUCCCCGGUACCGGGACCAUGUCCUCCUCGUCGCGCAGACAGUCCUGCUACCUGUGCGACCUGCCCCGGAUGAGCUGGGCGGUGAUCUGGGACUUUACGGAACCGGUGUGCCGCGGUUGCGUCAACUACGAGGGCGCAGACCGGAUCGAGUUCGUCAUCGAGACGGCCCGACACCUGAAGCGGGCUCACGGGUUCCGAGAGGUCCAGCCGCCCCCCGGAGCUCCCCCCCCUCCUCCUCAGCAGCAGAAGAGCCAGCAGCACCAACCGGACGGACCGGGGAGGUCUCAGCAGCCCGGUUUGGACCAAUACUCGCUCUCGGAUAGCCGGGCUCGGUUCGACUACCGGCUGCCCAACGGAGUCGGACCCAACGGGUUCAAACCGGACGAAGGGCCGCCCGAGCUAAACCGUCAGAGCCCGAACUCGAGGGUUCGGAGCCUCGUUGGGCCGGUGCCGGUACCGGGAAAGAUACACGUACCGCCCAACCUGCUCCCUCAGACGCCGCCGAACGGAUCCGGAGGGAAGCGGCCCGCCCCGGUGUCCAGCUCGGACCAGGACCGGGAGCUGAAGGAGAAGCAGCGGAACGCGGAGGUUCUGUCCGAGCUGAGCGACAGCCUGCGGAACCGGCAGGACGACUGGACCGGCAAACCGAAGCCGGUGCGGGACACGCUGCACUCCCUCUCCGGGUGCGUCCCGUUCGACGUCCGCUUCAAGAAGGACCCGCAGCUGGUGGGCCGCGUGUUCGCCUUCGACGCGGUGUCCAAACCGGGUCAGGAGCACGAGCUGAAGAUCUUCAUCGAGUACCCGUCCGGAUCCGGUACCGUGUUCUCCAGCGCCUCCGGGGUCGCCAAGCAGAUGUACCAGGACUGCAUGAAGGAGUUCGGCCGGGCUCUGUCCUCCGGGUUCAAGUACCUGGAGUACGAGAAGAAGCACGGUUCCGGUGACUGGCGCCUGCUCGGGGACCUGUUACCGGAGCCCCUCCGGUUCUUUAGGGAGGGGCUGGGGGGCGACAUGCUGCCGCAGCCGCACACCGACGGGAGCUUCCCGGUUCUACCCUUUGGGGUUCCGGCAUCCGGGAGCGGGAGCAGCAGGACCUGCGUGAGGAAGCGCAGAGCCUCGCCGGAACCGGACUCGGUGGUGGGGGGGGGCGAGCAGCAGUGGACCGGCAGCCAGACGGAAGCGCUGCGACUCCCGUUCUCCGGUCACACCGGGAGCACCGGGAGCACCGGGCUCGUCUCCCCGCCGGACUCGCUGCAGAACGGACCGUCCCCGAUGGACGCGCUCGGGAGCGCGCACUCCCCCAACAAGGACCGCGAUUCGGUCCACUCCACCACGUCGUCCUCCAGACACACCGGCAGCGGUCCGGUGUCCCCGGCCUCCGUGUCCGGUCCGCGGCGCCUCCUGUCCCGCGGCGGGGACCCCACGGGGGACUCGGACCAGGUGCACGCGCAGAGCGUGCCCGACUGCCCCGCGGCCAGCAGCGCGCCGCUGUGCUGCACGAUCUGCCACGAGCGGCUGGAGGACACGCACUUCGUGCAGUGCCCGUCGGUCCCGAACCACAAGUUCUGCUUCCCGUGCUCACGCGAGAGCAUCAAGGCCCAGGGCGCGUGCGGGGAGGUGUACUGCCCCAGCGGGGACAAGUGCCCCCUGCUGGGCUCCAACGUGCCCUGGGCCUUCAUGCAGGGGGAGAUAGCCACCAUCCUGGGGGGGGAGGUGAAGGUGAAGAAGGAACGGGACACAUGAGGAGGAGGGACGUGACGUCAUCGUAGCCGACGCGGAGUGACGUCAACACCUUCCGUUUGUAAAACUAUUCUUAUCUUUCUGUAAAAAUGUAGCUGUUAAUUUGUUUUUUAUUUGACGUUUUUCUACAUAAGUCUGUUUUUCUAUUAUUAGUUUUAUUCAUAUUUGGCUCAAAGACGACAACAAAGAUUUUGCAGCUCAGCCCGUUUAAUAAAGAACGUUUCACUGA